CGAAGUCCGAGUGCAGUGAUUGCUCCAACCAUGGUCUCCAGCGCGUUCCUCGUGAGCCUGGCGGCGGGCGUCGCCCUGCUGUCCACCACGGCCCUGGCCGGCAUCGCCACCCAGUACGAGCCGGUGUACGGCCACGGCCACGGCCACGGGGAGGAGCAUGCGCUGGACUACCACGCCCACCCCAAGUACUCGUUCAACUACGGCGUCAAGGACCCCCACACCGGGGACAUCAAGAACCAGUGGGAGACCCGGGACGGCGACGUGGUCAAGGGCGAGUACUCGCUGGUGGAGGCCGACGGCUCGGUGCGCACCGUCAGCUACACGGCCGACCACCACAACGGCUUCAACGCCGUGGUCAAGCGCACCGGGCCCUCCUACCACCCCGUCGCGCACAAGCAGUACCACCACGAGGAGCCCAGCCACGCCCACUACGUGAGCGUCCCCGCCAAGCCCAGCUACUACUCCUCGUACCCGGCGCUGGCCUCCUACUCCGGCGACCACUACUCCGACGACGCGGCCUCCUCCGCCUCCUCCCGCACUGGCGCCGCGGACGCCGCCACCACUACAACCACGGCCGCCACAACCACCACGACAGCCGGCAGUAAGCACGUCGCGCCUGCGGACGCGGACACGGCGGAGUCCAAGCCGGUGCCGUCGAGGUGGAGCAGGAGCAGCAGGCAGGGCGUCCUGGGUGGCGACCCCGGCCGCGCCGCCGGCGAACAGGCGGAGGACAACGACGACAGCGAGCCCUACUCGUUCGACUACGCCGUCCGCGACCCCAGCACGGGCGACACCAAGAGCCAGUGGGAGUCGCGCGUCAACGGCGUGGUGCGCGGCAUGUACUCGCUGGUGCAGGCGGACGGGUCGCUGCGCUCCGUCACCUACACUGCGGACAACCUCAACGGCUUCCGCGCCACUGUCAAGGUCGACACGCCUGGCUUGCCGCAGUCGCCGACGGCCAACCGCGGCGUGCCGACGAGCAGCGUGUCCAGCAGCGCCUCCAGCGCCACCUUGGCGUCGUCCAACCCGCUGUUCCAGUUCCCUCCCCUGGGGACGGCGGCCGUGGACGACGACGCGGGCCUCGGCAACCUCCACCCCCCCGUGCGGCUGCCCCUGGAGCACGAGGCCGGCGAGGGCGGCCCCGGGUCGGCGUCCGACUCCGACGGGAUCCUCGCUCAGCACUACCUGUUCGCCGACCCCGGCGAGGGUGACGACGGCGGGCACGGCCAGGGCCUGGACUUCGGCGGGGACGUCGGCCAGGACCUCGGACACAGCCUCGAGCACGCGGGGCCGCCGCCCAUGCGGCUGCUGAUGAGGAGGCAGCGCGCGCGCAAGCGGCACGUCAAGUACCUAAAGCAGCACCCCGGCCUGGCGGCCAAGCCCAGACAGCCCGCCGCGCCGCGGUGGCUGUGGGUCAUGAAAACUAGGCAAUAA